AUGGGUAAUUUCUAUACGCGUAUGAUAUCUUUCAUAUUUCCGAAUAUUGAAUGCCGAUGUUUGAUGCUUGGUUUGGAUGGAGCUGGAAAAACAACUGUUUUGUAUAAAAUGAAAUUGGAUGAAACUGUGAACACCGUUCCGACUGUUGGUAAGGUUUUUUUCAAGUGCGCUCUAAUGAUAAUCUUUUAAAAAUUUUCAAAAAAAAAAAACUCCAAAUUUUCCAGGCUUCAACGUGGAAACAUUGACAUUCAAAAAGCUGACAAUAACAGUUUGGGACGUGGGUGGUCAACAAAAAAUCCGUGGACUUUGGAAAUAUUAUUUCGCCAACACAACAGCUCUCGUUUUCGUUGUUGAUAGUUCGGAUUUCGAGCGAUUCGAAGAAGCAAAAGAGGAGUUGCACAAACUAUUGGCCGAGCCAGAAUUGCGCGAUGCUCAUCUUCUAGUUUUAGCCAACAAAAUGGAUAUGCCAAAUUCCAAAGACUCGCAGGAAAUUAUCAAUGCGUUGGAGCUCAAGAAGGUUAAAAGAGAUGUAAGGCCCUAAAUUCAAACCAAAACCAAAACAAUUUCCCUAAUUUCAGUGGUUUGUAACUCGAACAAAUGCGAAAACCGGCGAAGGUUUGACAGAUGGUUUGAUGUGGUUGAAAGAUCAAUUAAAGGCUUAA